AUGGCGGCGAAAGGGUUACAAGGCUUCUCGAGGGGUCUAGGCUCUAUUAGAGCAUAUGCGGGAUCAAGAGAUCCCCUAACUCAAUGUCUGGCUCCUGUAUUAUCACGGUCGAUGGCGACAGAAGUCCAAAUGCCAUCGAAUGCCUCCCCUUACAACUUUCAUGCUCUCACCAGCGUGGUCACAGAGAAUGAGUUUACUCCUCCCAAAGUCCUUACCACAAUCCACAACUUCCCAACCAUGGAACCCGUCCGAUUGCACGAGUACUCAAGCAAAUAUCUUUAUCUUCCCAUUCGCAAGGAUCUUCUCCACCGCGCUGUGAUCUUCGAAGGCGACGCCGCCCGACAGGGAACCGCACAUGCCAAAACCCGUUUCGAGGUCCGCGGAUCUCAUAGAAAGAUACGACCGCAAAAGGGUACUGGUAAAGCACGUCUUGGCACGGCUCAAUCGCCUAUGCUUAGAGGAGGUGGAAAGUCAUUCGGUCCUCGCCAUAGAGAUUUCGCUACAGAUCUCCCAAGGAAGAUGUAUGAUUUGGCAUGGAGAACAGCCCUGAGUUAUCGGUAUAAGAAGGGCGAACUGCUGAUUUGCGAGGACGGAAUGAAAGUUGAUUACCCAGAAAGGCUCAAUCCAGAUCACGGACACAUGUUGUACAUGAAGGAUAUUUUCAAGGCGAAUAAAUGGGGAAGCAAGCAUGGAAGGUCUAUGGUCAUCACGAAUGAAUAUAUCGAAGAGCUUUUCAAAGCUAUGGAAACUCUGGGCAGUGAGGGGAUUAUGAAGAUUGGCGCUGAGGUUGAUGUAAAGGAUUUGUUGUCGACGAAAAGGCUCAUUAUCGAGCAGAGCGCGUUGGAGCAACUGUUGAGGGAACAUCAGAGUGAUUUGAUUCCUAAGGUUAGAGCUAUGGUGUAG